AGGUGCAAAUGCCAAACCAGGGAAGGGUGAACGCCCAGAGGUCGUACCAGUGAAGAGUUCCGGUUCCUCCCACCAGGCACCCAACGCUGCGAAUCCGUGACACGAGGACCAACCUUUUUUCCUUCUUCCCCAUGGAUCCGGCCGAUUGAUCGCGAAGAAAUCGUCAGGCUUCGUGUUGCUUCGAUAGUAUUGUCGCCGUAAAGAUGGUGGAGAACUCGGAAUUGUUGGAGGGGAGCGUGAGGAAUAUACUGGAACAGGACCAGCUCAAGUGGGUUUUCGUUGGUGGCAAGGGCGGCGUCGGCAAGACCACCUGCAGCUCUAUCCUCUCGAUCCUCCUGUCGAGAGUGAGAUCGUCCGUUCUCAUUAUCUCCACGGAUCCUGCCCACAACCUUAGCGAUGCCUUCCAGCAGAAGUUCACCAAGACCCCUACUUUGGUCAAUGGCUUCUCGAAUCUAUUCGCCAUGGAAGUGGAUCCAAACGUGGAGAAGGAUGAGAUGCCCAAUGUGGAAGGGAUGGAUAGUUUUCUUUCCGAAUUAGCUAACGCAAUUCCAGGCAUUGAUGAGGCCAUGAGUUUUGCUGAGAUGCUCAAAUUAGUUCAAACAAUGGACUACUCAGUCAUAGUGUUCGAUACUGCCCCAACUGGUCAUACGUUGCGUCUCUUGCAAUUUCCUUCCAUAUUGGAAAAGGGUCUUGGGAAAAUGAUGGCAUUGAGAAAUAGAUUUGGUGGCCUCAUAAGCCAGGUAACGCGAAUGUUCGGUAUGGAGGAUGAAUUUGGGGAAGAUGCCCUUGUUGGUAAGCUAGAAGGCAUGAAAGAUGUGAUAGAACAAGUCAAUAGACAAUUCCGCGAUCCAGACUUGACAACUUUUGUCUGUGUCUGCAUCCCAGAGUUCCUAUCCCUCUAUGAAACAGAAAGGUUGGUUCAAGAACUGACCAAGUUUGAGAUUGAUACCCACAACAUCAUCAUUAAUCAAGUACUGUAUGAUGAGGAAGAUGUUGAAUCCAAGUUGUUGAAAGCAAGGAUGCGCAUGCAGCAGAAGUAUCUUGACCAGUUCUAUACAUUAUAUGAUGAUUUUCACAUCACUUUGCUGCCAUUGCUUCCAGAAGAGGUUUGCGGUGUGGAAGCACUAAAGGCGUUUUCUGCUCACUUCAUAAAACCACACAAACCCGCAACAACCAAAGGAACCGUCGAAGAGCUUGAGAGAAGGGUGUCCACCUUGAGGAUGCAGUUGAAGGAAGCCGAGAUGGAGUUGGACAGAUUGAGGAAAGGGAAGCGGGUGCUCUGAUCUUCCCGUUUACUCCUUUUAAUUUUGUUGCUGAAUGAAAUUAGACUUAAUUAAUUUGUUAUUAAUUGGAAGAAUUUUGCUUUGUUAA